AUGAUACAGGGGAAGGAGUAUAUAGGAGAUUGGAGCUAUUAUUCUCAAAGCGACCGGUCCGAUCGUUACAGUGCCUGCAAAAGGUUUCUAUGGAUAGGUGGAGUGGAAGUCUCAAAGAAGGAAUUGAUCGCUUGGGAUAAGCUCUAUAUUCCAAAAGUAACUGGUGGUCUCAAUAUAAUAGUUAUUCAAGCCUGGAAUAAGGCUGCAAUAUGCAAAUUACUUUGGAAUAUAUGCACCAAGAAGGACAAGCUAUGGGUGAAGUGGAUACAUUGCUACUAUGGGAAAAGAACCACUUUGUGGAUGAACCAACCUAAGUACAAGAAGAUUCGAGAAGAGUACCCAAAAUGCUCUCGGAGAAGACUAAUAUGCAACAAUAACGGGGCUCCUAGAUGGGUGUUCAUAUUGUAUCUAAACUUACAAGGAAAACUGCGAACGAGGGAUAGAAUAGCCAAAUGGAGUCAAAUUGAAGAUAUGACAUGCCCACUGUGUGCAAGCGGGCCUGAAACAGCUGAUCAUCUGUUCUUCGAAUGUGCAGCGACAUCACAAGUAUGGGAGAUGAUAUUGAAAUUGCGGAGAAUCAUAAGGAGGGCUCAGGGAUGGUCUGAAGAAGUCCUCUGGGCAGAGGUUUAUGCAAAUGGUCAUUCAGCAAUGUCUAAUGUGUAUAGGUUGCGCAUGUCUGCUAGUGUUUAUCAUAUAAGAACGGAAAGAAACUUGAGGUAUUCCAAGGAAAAGCCAGGCAAAUAG